AUGGAAAGGGGUACAGCGCAGGUAAAUAUAACUGAAGUAAUAGAUCAAUUUUCGGGUCCAAUCGGUAAGAUAAAGCAGGUUGAGAUAUUCAUGUAUAUUGUAUCAGCCAUGGUUUCCUUCCUUGUAGUUUUUGGGUCAUUAAGGCGUAGUUCCACUAAUGCAUUUCUGCGUUACUCAAUAGUGGGAGCUUUUGUCUUUUCUUUCACCUUGAUCAUCAACAUCAUUGGUCAAAUAAACUCCCCGAAUUAUAAUAUAUUUUACCCUAUAUGGGCAAUAUUUGUGGUUUUACUCUACGGAAACCCUUAUAGUAUUUCGGCAUAUAGUCUCGAAGAUAAUGAACAAUGGAAGAGAACCUAUUUCGAAGUUCUACUCCAGAUGUUCUGGUUGGGGUGGGUGGUUGGAAAGAACAUGUAUCUUUUCAAAUAUGUCGGAUUCAAUGUGACAAGUUACAUUAUGAUUUGCGCAUGUUCUUGGAAGAUAACAGAAAGAAUGGAAGCCCUUAAGUUCGCGAGCAAGGAAGGUCUCAUAACAGGAACCAAAUCUGUUGUAGAUUUCAUGAGUGACGAGCACGAAUUAGGUCCGGCGUUACAAGGUGAUCCUAAACAUACAAGAGGUUACCACUAUCUUGUGACUUGCGAGAAAAAAUCCAAUUUUGGAAUUAAUGGCUUUUCAACUCGGAAGAAGGAGGAGGCGGAUUUUCUCUACCUCAACAGUCUCUCGAGAAACAAAGGGAAUUGGUCCGUGAAGGGCUUCUCCAAAAUGUUGAAAACCACGAAAGACCAUUUCGCGUGA